GGCACUCCGGAAUGCAGAUGGUACCAGUCUCGAGGCCAUGGUGGAUUGUGCUGCGGGUUGUAGGCGAUGCCGGCGGUCAAAGAUGUCAACGAUGGACCUGUCUGGCGAUGCCAAGAAAUCUAAUCAACUAAUCAGCCCUUUCCUGAUUGGUUCAUCAACUUUUGAUACUUCUCCUUCAUUCCUACAUCUCAAAACCUUUUAUCUGGGAAUCUGUCUCCUACUCUUUGCCCAAUUGUUCAGUUACAGUUAG